UAAGCUGCCUGUGCGUGCUGUAUUUAGGAUAGAUAAUGGAUCAAUGGAGGACAAAAAUGAACGAAUAAUCACCCCUGCGUCGUCCAUCAAGCGUCUUUACUUUAUUUUGAUUCUUACGUGUGGGUGGUGGAAGUGCGUGUUCCUUUAAGGGUGGUGUCAAAGCAGCAAGCGGGGAGGAGUGCGAUUGUCGCCGCUCAGUGCUACACGGAGAGGGGACACCGCGAAUAAACAAUUCCCACAGACUGGCCACACGCAGCACACCUCCGUUCGGACUGUUGUGGCACGAAAAAAAAAAGAGUCGCUGAGGCAUUUCUGGACUAUGUUUUGAUUUCGAAAGCCCGACUCGCCAUUUUUUGGUCUCGUGCCCGGAGUGACAAGACAGAUGUAUGCCGUUUUCAAUGGAUUUGCUGCCCGUGCCGAAUAUUAAUGCGCCUCUUCGACUGACUGUGGGCUGGACACCGCAGCGGUGACCUUGGUGCUUAUGAGGAGGCGGGGCUUGACCUACAUCUACCCCUUUAACUGGAACUAGAAACCCCAACCAGCCUCGGGUCCCCCACGUGAGAUGUGCAAAGAUUUACCACUGACAACCAGGGCCAUGGAAUGCGAAGACAUCUUUUCAGCCAUAUUCCUCUCACUGCUCAUGUUCUUCAUCGAAACAUAGAGGAAGACAUUCUGACAACCUGCGGUGUUAAAGGCAUACAGUAUUGCCUGGAUUUUCUUGAAACAUGCGCUGCUGAACCAUACAAGGGGAUCCUAGUAUUGAACAUGACUCAUGGGGAGGAGCCUGGCCCUGAGACACACAAGGAUUCAGCUGUUUUAACUUAUCUGGAAGGUUUACUGAUGCAUCCAGUGGUGGCCGGGCCUGGGGCCACAGCAAGCAGGAGGUCUGAGGCUGCCCACAGCAACCAAGAUCAGGGAGACAAGGUGGGCGGUCCAUUUCAGCUACCUACUCAUGGCCCCACAGUUCCAAAGGCUGGAAACAGUGGACCGACCAUGGGUGCUUCACAGCACUUGAAGAAGGCCCGCCUCUUGCGCUCCGGGGCUUGGAAUGAUCCAGGGAACCAGUGUUUGAGUUCGCCACCGGUCCAUCUUAAUGGACAAGCGGGAGGCCUGCAAAAUGGGUCACAGGAGGAUUCUCCUCAUGGCGGGGAGAGUACUCUUUUGGCUUCCCUGCUUCAGUCCUUCAGCUCACGACUUCAGAAUGUGGCAAUGUCUCAGAACUCAAGCAAGCCGCCGAGUGAGUGUUCCUCUCCUUCCACUGCGCCACCUGCAGAUAAGGAGCCGCUGCCUGUGUAUGGGACAGCCUCAAGCCGCUUGAAGGGCUUAAUGAGAAAGAGCAAACUUCAAAACCACAGCAACACCCCUUACAGUCGUCGGGGACACAGUCAUGACAGACCACCAGAAUCACCCCGGGCAGCACACAGCGCCACACCCCCUUCGGCCACUGCAGCUUCUGAAUCAGUAUCCUGUGCAGACCGAUUGAAAGCUGUCGCCAACAUGGUGAAAAUACGUUCCAGUCCAGCACCUUCACCCAAGCCCAGUGUUGCCUGCAGUCAGUUAGCCCUACUGUUGUCCAGUGAAGCUCAUCUCCAGCAAUACUCCAGAGAGCAUGCUCUCAAAGCCCAGCUCUCGGGAAGGUCUGCCAGUGAAAGACUUGCCGCCAUGGCAAACCAGCAACAUGGCCUUGAGAAAAGGCCUCAGAGUGUGGGCGGGACUUUGCCAGAGACUCCAGACACAUUAAGUUCUUUAACAACCCAAAAUGGAGUGACGACGACAAACACACGAACAGCAACACUCCCUCGGUUGGCCUUGUCCAGUCCACAGAGCCCCCCUUUGCUGUGUGGGCACACCCAUAGCUCCUCACCCACUCCUCCACAUACUCCGAGCCACUUUCACAGCCAACCCUCUCGGGAAAAACGAGGCUUUGACUCACGACCAACUCGCCCCCCUCAAACAUGCAGCAGUUUGCUGUUGCUGCUGCUCAACAACCACAACAACCAGAAGAAACUGACAAAAAACGGACACCUGGAGGAUAGCUGUAGUAUUCUACCACCAAGCGGCUCUUCUUCAGUCACAUCGGAUAGUGAAUGUUCCACCCAUGAGAAAAGCCUGACCAAGGACAGCAGUGAUGCAGAGACUUCCUACUCAAGCUGCUCGCCAAUGGAUCUCUCGAUGAGAAACUGGGCCAAAAAACAAGAUACAGGGCCAAAACCUUCCACCCCGUGUUCCUCUUCUGCCUCGUUCUCCCCCUUUACACACACUGUAUCCAAUUUCACCACGACUGUUUCCUCCAGUGCAACAAUAUUAACUUGUCAUUCUUCUGCUCCACCCACUAAUGCAGUCUAUUCACCGCUGCCCGCUGUUGUCUCUUCUGCCUCCACAUCUAUUUCUUCAUAUUCCUCCUCCUCUGCCUUGACCUCCUCCUUGGACAAACUCACAGAAUCUUUAUUAAAAAAGUGGAAGCCUGAGCCAUUAGGCGCAAACAUGGCGAAGAGCAAAGAGCAUGAAAGUAACCCAGACCUAAAGUCCCAAUCUAAGGUAACACUAAUGCAGCUUCUGCUCGAGCGCAGAAGUAACGAUAUAGUAAGUAAGAACACAGAUGAGGAAUUGCCACUUGAUAUAACUAUGGCUACCAUGUCUCGAAGUCAACCUAACCUUGCGUCCUGGGAUGAGUCCAGGACGAAAAGCCCAAUAGAUAAGCCUGGAGCCCCAAAUCAGCCUACGUGCUCCCUUAGUAGAGACCCAGCCGGUACAUUGUCCCCACACCCUCCCUCUCCCCAGGUCCAGUCAAGCCCAUUGGAUUUGUGCAAGUCGAAAGCCUUCCCUGCUGGGAAGGCUUCAGAGCCCGCCUUCAGUGCCAGUAAACUGUUACAAAAUCUGGCUCAAUCUGGAAUAGCUUCAUCCUCCCCACCAAUCCUAUCUGGCAAAGGAUUGAGUCAGGAGCUUGAUAACAGCAGGCCCUUAUCCUUAUUGGAAAGACUCAAUGCUCCAAUCAACAGGAGUACCACCUCCACCCCGCUCUCUGACAUACCUGCGGGAGGUGGCACUCCUUUAAAUACGAAAGAAACAUUUCCUCCACCUUCACAGAUCGAGAAUCUUUUGGAGAGGCGCACAGUGUUGCAGCUUCUUCUAGGGGCAGGCUCAACUGCAGCUUCUGUCAGCCGCAAAGAAAGGCCUGAAGGGAGCGGCAGGAGGAGUGCAGAGUUGGAAGGGGGGAGUUAUGAGAGGAGCCCCAGUGUUUCAAACAUCUUUGAAUGCGCUGACGUGUCCGCUGUUGAUGUAAGAGUCAAAACAGAGGAAGGGGUGGGGCCACCCGCCGCCACUUCUGAAGACAUAAUCAACAGAAAGAGGCGGACCAACUUUGAAAAACCUUGCCCCCUGUCAGAUACGGACUUAAAAACAGAACAUCGACCGGCUGAGGUUAUCGCAAAAUACGGUCUGCUUAGUCAGCUCCUUAAACAUCAGACAGCGACGUACUAUACGAGUGCUGUUUCGCAGACUGACUGGCAAACCAGACAGGUGAAAGGAGAAAAGAGAGAGUACCCAAGCCCCAGUCCGAAGAAGAGACGCUUGUGUUCUGAUCAAACUGAAACUUUGGACGAUACCAAGUCGCCAAGAGCAUUUCAGAGGGGUGACACAAACAUUUUUACCACUCCCGGUGCUCAGGUAACACCUGACAAGCAGAAGCAUCUGAAAGACGAGGAGUUUUUAGCCAGGAGCCCACCGAGAGAAACUUUUACCAGAGAGAGUCGGGGAUUUAAUGUGCUCAAACAGCUGCUGCUCUCUGACAACUGCCUGAAAGAGUUGCCUCAGCAGCACCGUGGGUCGUCCAGCCCUUCCAUCCUGCAGGCCAACGGCAAGGCUAACGGUAACAUCCUCAGUCAACCUGCCCCUCACCACAGCUUCCUGCACCUGCCCAGCUGGCACCCUCACGGUCCGCUCAACUCAGGGCUUUCGAGUAACGUCAGAACACUGCCCACCCCUCCUGCAAGUGACAGCCUUAUUCGCAGUCCCCGCGGUCAUCAUCCGGCGCCAUGGCAAGGUACACACAAAAGAGACCCGCCGAAUCUUGUCAAACAGGAGCCAGAGAGCCCCGUUCAAUGGAAUAGUCAGGAGAGCGAUGCGGGCUGUGACUCAAACCCGGAAUCUCCUCGGUUGUCACGUUCCAACCCUAUCUUGUAUUACAUGUUGCAAAAGGGCAGCGUUCAACUAAGAAAGGAGGUAAAGAAUCAGGCUGAAGCGCCGCAGUCCGUUUUGAAAAUUAAAGAAGAGCCAAUCAGUGACAUGCAUGCCUAUGAACAAAGCUCCAGCCCACAAUCAGCAACCAACCACAAUGACAAGCACAGCCAGGACAACCAGAGGCUGAGUCAGUCAUCUGAAUAGAAGUUGGAUUAUAAAAUAUAACAUGAGUCUUUUUUUUUGUGUGUGUGUGUUUUUCUUUUCAACUGCUUGCCAAAUUAGUUGUGAGAGAGACACAAAUGACUAAGAAGGAAAAAAAACACGCUAGUUCAAAUUGCACACUGAUUUCUUUAAAUCGUUCAGUACGACAAACAAGAUCUAUAUUUGGCUAAAUAUACAAGUGAAGCAACCAAAAUUCAUAAAAUAACUCACCUUUGAUGCUCAGGCCCUUUCUAUUUUUAUUUUUUUCUAUUUUCUUCGCCCCCUUCCAAUACCUUGUAGUUCGCUACAAUUUUUAAGUUAUGCUUCAUAUUUCAUAGUAAAACAAAUACUGAAUUCAUUUGAUUCUUUAACAUAUCGCCUUACAAUGUCUCGAUUGUUUCCUUCCAUUAAAAAAAAAAAAAAAAA